AGGAAACUGCUGUUUGAAACGAAAGUCGGCAGCCAUCGAAUCCGUCAUGUUGGCUCAAACGGCAGUUUUCGCCUAGCCCAGAACACUGAGUACGAGCUAUGUGCUGGAGCCAUUAUGGCGUUGUGCAUGCCAGUUUCAUAACCUUGAGAGGGAGGAGCUUGGCUUUUCUGGAAGCUGGAACAAGCAUAGGAGUGACGGAGGAAAACUAGAGCAACGGUGAAUCGGAGAUACAGCAAGCCUUUGAGUUCCAUUUCUUGCAGCGGAGAAAGGCACCCCACCUGAACCACACGAAGAAGACCAAAAUGAGCGCCUUUACCUAGGGCGUAAUGUGGCGUCUCCUUUCAUUUAUCAAGAGCGUUAAUGGGACAUCAAACCUUUGUAAUGUCCUCAUUACAGUAAUCACGUUUGCCAGUGAAAACAAAUAGAUUUUGCUUGUUAGCUAACCAGCUAACUGAAUGUCGGUAUAACCAGCCAGUUAUAGCGGUUGCAGGAUUUAGCAACCCUUAGGUAAGGUACGCAUAGGCUACAAUAACAUCGGAUGAGCGUUCGACGCGUAAACUAGUCGUUAAUUACGUUUGAAUAUCACAGUUUGUAGGGCUCAGAGCGAAGGAUUAGGGAGCCGGGAAACAAGGAGAAGGUGGGGCCGAAGAGUCUCAAACGGACUAAGCGCUUGCUGGCUGCCUUGGUCCUCAUCUGAAGCAUUCACGGACGGUUUGGGAAAAAUAUUCCGCCCAUUGGAAUUUUGGAAGAUAUCGGAGCGAUUGUUCGGAGAUACCUUCGUUGCCCACGGGAAGAUCAGAAGUGGCUUCAUCAGACAAUUUUUAUUGUGAUCGGUGUCUUGCUCUGAUACAACCAACCGUUGUGUUCAGAUUUGGGGGAAUAUUUUCCCCAGUCUGGUUGGACCAUGGCCGACGACGACGUUCUCUUUGAAGAUGUGUACGAGCUGUGCGAGGUCAUUGGAAAGGGGCCGUUCAGCGUGGUGCGGCGAUGCAUCAACAGAGAGACGGGCCAGCAGUUUGCCACGAAGAUCGUGGAUGUGGCCAAGUUCACCUCCAGCCCCGGCCUCAGCACAGAAGAUCUCAAAAGGGAAGCCAGUAUCUGUCACAUGCUCAAGCACCCUCACAUUGUGGAGCUCUUGGAAACCUACAGUUCAGAUGGCAUGCUUUACAUGGUCUUCGAGUUCAUGGAUGGAGCCGACUUAUGUUUCGAGAUCGUUAAGAGAGCGGAUGCUGGCUUUGUCUACAGUGAAGCAGUCGCCAGUCACUACAUGAGACAAAUUCUUGAGGCGCUGCGCUAUUGCCAUGACAACAACGUCAUUCAUCGAGAUGUAAAGCCCCACUGUGUGUUACUGGCAUCGAAAGAGAACUCUGCGCCGGUCAAACUUGGAGGUUUUGGGGUGGCCAUACAGCUUGGAGAAUCCGGCCUCGUAGCAGGAGGGAGAGUGGGCACCCCGCACUUCAUGGCACCAGAGGUGGUGAAACGUGAGCCCUACGGCAAGCCGGUAGACGUUUGGGGCUGCGGCGUGAUCCUCUUCAUCCUGCUAAGCGGAUGCCUGCCCUUCUACGGCACCAAGGAGAGGCUCUUCGAAGGGAUCAUUAAAGGGAAAUACAAGGUAAUGAACCCGCGGCAGUGGAGCCACAUCUCAGAGAGCGCCAAAGACCUGGUGCGCCGCAUGCUGAUGCUGGACCCCGCAGAGAGGAUCACAGUCUACGAGGCCCUCAACCACCCCUGGCUGAAGGAGAGGGACCGUUAUGCCUACAAGAUCCACCUUCCUGAGACAGUUGAGCAGUUGAGGAAGUUUAAUGCCAGGAGGAAGCUGAAGGGGGCCGUUCUGGCAGCGGUAUCCAGCCACAAAUUCAACUCCUUUUACGGGGACCCGCCUGAGGAGAUGCCCGACUUCUCUGAAGACCCUACUUCCUCAGGACUACUUGCUGCAGAGAGAGCUGUAUCCCAGGUGCUGGACAGUCUGGAGGAGAUCCAUGCCCUGACGGACUGCAGUGAGAAGGACCUUGACUUCCUGCACAGCGUGUUCCAGGACCAGCACCUCCACACACUACUGGACCUUUACGACAAGAUCAACACCAAGUCCUCUCCGCAGAUCAGGAACCCGCCGAGUGACGCAGUCCAGAGAGCCAAAGAGUCCGCUGAAGACGAAGCAGGCACGGCUUUGACUCGUCUGGAAUGUGUACUGGAAGAGAUCUCCUGCUACCCAGAAAAUGGCGAUGCCAAGGAGCUGAGGCGGAUCCUCAAUCAGCCUCAUUUUAUGGCCCUGCUUCAGACCCAUGACGUUGUGGCUCAUGAAGUGUACAGUGACGAGGCCCUUAGGGUGACCCCUCCGCCCACCUCGCCCUACCUAAACGGAGACUCACCUGAGAGCACCAACGGAGACAUGGACCUGGAGAACGUCACGCGCGUGCGCCUCGUUCAGUUCCAGAAGAACACAGACGAGCCCAUGGGCAUCACGCUGAAGAUGAACGACCUCAACCACUGCAUUGUGGCAAGAAUAAUGCACGGAGGCAUGAUCCAUAGACAAGGAACGUUGCACGUGGGAGAUGAGAUCCGGGAAAUCAACGGAAUCAGCGUGGCCAACCAGACAGUGGAGCAGCUUCAGAAGAUGCUGAAGGAGAUGAGGGGGAGCAUCACCUUUAAGAUCGUGCCAAGCUACCGUACACAGUCCUCGUCUUGCGAGAGAGAGUCCCCCUCCACCUCCCGACAGUCCCCAGCCAAUGGCCACGCCAGCGUAAACAGUUCUAUCUUGGACCUGCCGUCAACCAUCCAGGCCAAAGGACGCCAGAUCGACAGACCCCCUGCAAUCAAGGAAAAUAAAAUGUCCGUCAAGAUCUACGUGCGGGCGCAGUUCGAGUACGACCCAUCCAAGGAUGAGCUCAUCCCCUGCAAGGAAGCAGGCAUCCGCUUCCGCGUGGGCGACAUCAUCCAGAUCAUCAGCAAGGACGACCACAACUGGUGGCAAGGCCGCCUGGAGAACACCAAAAACGGCACGGCCGGCCUCAUCCCCUCGCCCGAGCUGCAGGAGUGGCGAGUGGCUUGUAUAGCCAUGGAGAAGACCAAGCAGGAGCAGCAGGCCAGCUGUACCUGGUUUGGCAAGAAGAAGAAGCAGUACAAGGACAAGUACUUAGCAAAGCACAACGCAGUAUUUGAUCAACUAGACCUCGUCACGUAUGAAGAGGUGGUCAAGCUGCCCGCCUUCAAGAGGAAAACGCUAGUGUUGUUAGGAGCCCACGGCGUCGGCAGACGACACAUUAAAAACACGCUCAUCACCAAACACCCUGACAGAUUCGCCUACCCCAUUCCACACACAACCAGACCUCCAAAGAAGGACGAGGAGAAUGGUAAGAACUACUACUUUGUAUCGCACGACCAAAUGAUGCAGGACAUCUCCAACAACGAGUACCUGGAGUACGGCAGUCACGAGGACGCCAUGUACGGCACGCGUCUGGAGACCAUACGCAAGAUCCAUGAGCAGACCCACAUCGCCAUCCUGGACGUGGAGCCCCAGGCCCUGAAGGUCUUACGUACAGCGGAGUUUGCUCCCUACGUGGUCUUCAUCGCUGCCCCAACCAUCACACCCGGCAUGAAUGAGGAGAACCUAACCACUGUCGGAUCCAGCCCAGGAUAUCAUUUAGACUCGCCCCAGGACGAGUCGUUGCAGCGGCUGCAGAAGGAGUCAGAGAUCCUGCAGAAGACGUACGCGCACUACUUCGACCUGACCAUCAUCAACAAUGAGAUCGACGAGACCAUCAGACACCUGGAGGAAGCCAUCGACCUGGUGUCCACCACCGCCCAAUGGGUGCCCGUCUCCUGGGUCUACUAGAGCACAUAGACACACACACACACACAGACGCCUACACGCACACACACAGACACGCACACACACACACAGAUACACACACAGAUGUCCCCUAGUGACCUAAUCUAUCCCUCAGCCCUAAGUCCAAGUGACCCCCUCUCUGUCCCCCCCUUCUUUGCAAUGCAUCUCUUCAAAUCUUCAUCAUUCCCUGGAGAAAAACAAAAAGAGAAAUGUACCUCUGAUGCUCAGACAACCUCAAUGUACAUGACCUGCAGUCAGUCUCGGCCCCCUUACAGACUACCUAGACGUAGUGUUGUAUUUACAAAAAGAGAUGGAAGAAAAAGAAAAAAAAACAUAAAAAUUGAAUUAAAUAUUGUCAUGUCCUUAUAGCUAGGAGGCAACAUUUUGUAGACUUUUAUUUUAAAGAGACAGUAUCUAAUCCCCCCUACCCCUGCCCAUGUUCAUGUCGCAAGUCAUCAUGGUAGUGGUGCAGUGUAGUGUUUUUGUUUUUACUUUGCAAAUCAAGUAAGGUUUUGCCCAUCUGUGACCCAGACGUGGCUGGUUCGAGCACUACUCUGUAAAUCUGAGGAAAAGCACACAGACGAACCACAGCGCCAUCGUCUCCCACGCCAUUGCAGCCUCUACUUCUGAUCCAUUUCGAGAGGCUUCCCUCCAUUUUUAGCCUUGCGUAGCACACUGCGUUUGUGAUCGAUUCCCAAAUGAUCUCUUCUGCCUUAUGGUGCACUAUCAAACACACACUCACACACACACACACACACACACACACACACACACACACACACACACACACACACACACACACACACUCUCUCUCUCUCUCUCUCACACUCAACAACGGUACAAGCUCCCACUGUGUGUCUGCAGCAGUUGUGCGCUCCCCCAAGAUACUGUCUCUCUAAAUGAAUACAUAAAUGUGUUAGAGAUUUGAAUGAGGUCUUCUGCAUGUGAACAUUCGCAAAAAGCUUCCAUGCUCUCUCUCUUUCUCUCUGACUAUCUCUCUCUCUCUCUCUGACUAUCUCUCUCUCUCUCUGUCUCUCUCUCUCUCUCUCUCUCUUUCUCUCUCUUUCUCUCUCAGUGUUAGCUGUCCAUCUGCUGUCAGUCAGAGCAGAAAACAUUCCAUUCGUCUGACUUAAAAAAGAAAAACUCAAAUCAAGGGAAGCCGGACAAGUGACGAAAAGAAGAAAAAUAAAAAAUAAAAAAACAAAAGCAAGAGUGAAAGGUGGAAAAAAAACGAAUAAAAAUCAUUCAAAAAAAAGAUGACAAGAAAAUGACACCUAUGCACAUCCCAUGCAUUUCGGGGCGACUUUCUGAACCGAAUGAUUUUUAUCAACCAUGUAGUGAGAUGUGUUUGUAAAUUGUCUCAAUUUGAUUUAUUGUAGGGUACAUAAGGGGGAUUAAAAAAUAAUACUAACUCUAUUCCAGAUUUGCCAUUUCAGUGAGGAAAACCAGUUGUUGUCUGAGAGUAUUAUUGUUCUAAUUAAGUUGAAAUCAAAGGAAAAUAAUGCUGAUUUUUAUUCUCUGUGUCAUUGUUUCAAAAAAAGAGGUGCACAACGUUUUGCAAAAAAAAAAGACAAAGUGAAUUAAGUUGCAAAACACAAGAAAAUAAAAAAGUGGUUUGUGCAUCCGAAUAAUAACCAUGUAUAUGACAAACUGUUUACUUUCAAACUGCCCUGUGUAAAUUCCUCUGCUGAUGACAUAGCAGUUCUUCAGUAUGAACAGUUUUUUAAAUAUAUUUCCUUUUAUGUGUUGAAAA